CACGACCCGACGACAUCGCCCCUGCUUCACCCUCAGCGUUCACAUUUCCAAAUGGACCCCCAAGUUCCUCAGCUCGACAAAGUGAGACUCGCGACUCUUGACGACUUGCCCCGAAUAGCCAUCGUCGCCGCCGCCGGAUUCUUCUACUCCCCUGUGUUCCAGUACCAAAGGCCGCACUAUGAGGCCUAUCCUGAGGACACGAUAGCUAGCUAUUUCUUCGAGUACGAAGCCGCCAUGCACGACCCCAACGCCGUAGUCCUCGUAGCUGAGGACAUCCAAGACCCUCAGGAGCUAGAUAAGGCCUACAGAGCAUUGCACGAUAUCACUUUGUCAACGUGCCCACCCACGCCGGGCAAGACCGUUAUCACUGGAGUUUCGAGCAUCACUCUGACGCCUGGCUCCAUCUGGUCGGGCCGCUUGCAACCUACUGAUCUUGUGCAGAAAAGCCCCUGUGAAACUCCACUACAACGGGACCAAUGUUCAAGAGGCGGCGAGCUUUACUCCAAAGCUACCGCUGCCGCAAAGACUAAGUACUUGGCCCAUCGCAUGAAACUGGCCACUUUGGCAGUCCAUCCAGCCUACUGGCGUCGAGGACAUGGCUCGAACUUGACCAAGUGGUGCACCACGCUUGCUGAUAUUGAGGGCGUCUCAGUGGGCGUUUCAGCGGCCAAAAUGGGAGUCCCUGUGUUUGCAAAGGCCGGUUUCAUGGAACAAGAACGGGUGCAGAUCGCCGCGUAUCAACUACCACGUGAUAGUGUUGUUUCUUUGGGCGGCGGCAAGCAGCCCGACCAGAUUGAAGCCAUCGAACUCUGGAUCGGAAUACGCCAACCCGUCGGAACGAUCUCAACAACCGCAAUGUUGCCUCUUCCAAAGCCUGCUGGAACUCAGACGACCCCGUGGACGUUUUGGCGAGCUUGGAACCGUUUCAUAGGCCCGGAAUGCUGAUAGUAUCCGCUUCCGAAGUAAUAUGCAUGACUGCCCAAGGGGGCAUCAUUUAGCGGCGCAUUCAACUACCCUUCUCGGAUUUCUUAUGGAGGCUGGUUCCCUCUCAUACAUAUUGUACGGCCGAUCAUACACGGCCUGACCCCACGAGACCUCCUAUUUCAUAUAGAUUACUGGUUCUGGCAACAAUAACGAGCCAUGCACGUAUGCAACCAUUUUCGUUUCAUAGCGCUAGAGAACUGGAACCAUUCCCUACCAGGGCCUGUGCUGUGAGCAGCAGCACGCGAAUACUGACUAUCGGUGACAGGUGCGUUAUCUUUCGGCUUCGAUAUGUUCUCGUGGUCAAGGUGUCAUGAUAGAUCGAUUG